GCACUGCUACGGCCGAGAAGCCUAUUCCGCACAAGGUUGACCAAACGUUCGUUCGGCUUGCCUGUCCGGCAUCAAGGCGAGCUUCGAUUAGUCGAAAGUCUGGACCUAGCGGCCUAUCAUGACCCAGUUUUUGCCGAACGCCGGUCGCCAUUAGCGCAUCCAAAAGGCGUCAGAAUUUCCAGAAUAUUGUCGCACCAUACACUUUAUAUACGACGCGCCCACGGGUCUCCUCUUUUUUACCACACUAAACACAGGGUUGUCUCAUUCAACCGUGCUAGGGAGAAUUCUAUACAGGUACCGCUUCACCGCUCGCAGUCAGGCACUGCUACGGCCGAGAAGCCUAUCCCGCACAAGGUUGACCAAAAGUUCGGGCAGCUUGCCAGUCCGGCAUCAAGGCGAGCUUCGAUUAGUCGAAAGUAUGGACCAAUCAUGACCCAGGUUCGCCGAACGCCGGUCGCCAUUGGCGCAUCCAGAAGGCGUCAGAAUUUGAAGAAUAUUGCCGCACCAUACACUUUAUAUGCGACGCGCCGUAAUUGUGCUUCUGACCUGGUUUUAAGCGUUAAUACACGUCGUGCACCUUUGGUGGUUGCUUUUUGCGGGAACCCCAGCUUGAGAGAUUCAGAUCGAGAACUAAGCUGA